GAGGGAGCACGGGUCCCGGUUCUCCGGAUCCCAAACUUCGAGCCAGAGCUUUGCGCGCGCGCCCGAGCCGCUGGCCGCCCGCGCAGCCGGACACAGAACCGGGGCUCAGCGGGAGCCGGUGCAGGGCGGGCGCGGGGCGGCGGCGGCCGUCCAUGCGGCGGGCUCGGGCUGCCCGGCGCCGGGAACCACGCGGGGCGAGGUGAGGCGAGGCGGCCGCCGGCCGCUCCAGGACGCGGACCGCCAGGAGUUUGACCACCACUUCCACCUGCAGAAAAUUGGCAGCAUACCUGAGGAGCCCUUGCUUUUUCCUGGACCCGAAGCAUCAUGGUUUCCCAUUUCAUGGGGUCUCUCAGUGUCCUGGGUUUCCUGCUGCUGCUUGGAUUCCAGCUCGUCUGCCCACAGCCCUCCACUGAACACAGAAAGGUCCCGCAGCGGAUGGCGGCGGCCGAGGGCGCCCCCGAGGACGGCGGCGGCGGCGCCCCGGGAGUGUGGGGCGCCUGGGGUCCCUGGUCCGCCUGCUCGCGCAGCUGCAGCGGCGGCGUGAUGGAGCAGACGCGGCCCUGCCUGCCUGGCUCGUACCGCGCGCGCGGCGGCCCGCGGCCCGGAACCCCUGCGCGCGCCUACGCGGGCCACAUAGUGUCGGCCGUGCGCACGUCGGUGCCGCUGCACCGGAGCCGUGAGGAGCCGCGCGCCCCCGCCGGCCUCGACGUCAGCCGCCAGGGCCCGGUGCUGCGGGGCAGCCGGCACCCGCAGGCCCGAGGCCGUGAACCUGCGUCGGAGAGAAGGAGCAGGACCCGAGGUCCCAUCGGCCCUGGCAAGUACGGCUAUGGGAAGGCCCCGUACAUUUUACCACUGCAGACGGACUCCACACACUCACCACAGAGGCUCCGGAGGGAGAGGCCCUCAGUCCGGCAUUCCAGGUCCCAGGGGCCAUCUGGUCCCAGCCAUGGCUAUAACCCGCCAGGCCACCGGGCCUCCCAGCAUGGACCUCUGUACCAGAGUGACAGCGGCCCUCGUUCUGGACUGCAGGCCUCAGAGGCCUCCAUCUACCAGCUGCCUUUGACCAAUGACCAAGGCUUCCCUGCAGCUUCAAGCCUGUUUCACAGCCCUGAAACAAGCAGCAACCAUGGCAUGGGAGCCCACAGGGCAGCACCGAGCUUCUCCCAGCCCGCCCGAUCCACGGCAAUCUCCUGCAUCGGGGCCUACCGCCAGUACAAGCUGUGCAACCCCAAUGUGUGUCCAGAAAGCAGUAGAAGCAUCCGGGAGGUACAGUGUGCGUCCUACAACAACAAGCCAUUCAUGGGCCGCUUUUAUGAAUGGGAACCAUUUGCAGAAGUAAAGGGCAAUCGGAAGUGUGAGCUGAACUGCCAGGCAGUGGGGUACCGCUUCUACGUCCGGCAAGCGGAGAAGGUCAUUGACGGCACCCCCUGCGGCCAGAACGGCACGGCCAUCUGCGUGUCUGGGCAGUGCAAGAGCAUCGGCUGCGACGACUACCUAGGCUCCGACAAAGUCGUGGACAAGUGCGGGGUGUGCGGAGGCGAUAACACGGGCUGUCAGGUUGUGUCCGGCGUGUUUAAGCAUGCCCUCACCAGCCUGGGCUACCACCGCGUGGUUGAGAUUCCCCAAGGAGCCACCAAAAUCAACAUCACCGAGAUGCACAAGAGCAACAACUAUCUGGCCUUGCGAAGUCGUUCUGGCCGCUCCAUCAUCAACGGGAACUGGGCAAUUGACCGGCCCGGAAAAUACGAGGGCGGAGGGACAAUGUUCACCUACAAGCGUCCCAAUGAGAUUUCAAGCACUGCUGGAGAGUCCUUUUUGGCUGAAGGUCCCACCAAUGAGAUCUUGGAUGUCUAUAUGAUACACCAGCAGCCCAACCCAGGAGUCCACUAUGAAUACGUCAUCAUGGGGACCAACGCCAUCAGCCCACAGGUGCCAUCUCACAGGAGACCAGGGGAGCCCUUCAAUGGGCAGCUGGUGACAGAAGGGAGGAGCCCCGAGGAGAGAGAAGAGAAGGAGGGGAGUGAGAAGGAAGACGUGCACGGCGGGGCGCCUGAAAUAUUCACCUCCGAAUCAGCGCAGACCUUCCCAGUCAGGCAUCCUGAUAGAUUCUCUUCCCACCGGCCAGACAAUGUGGUACCCCCAGCACCACAGCCCCCACGACGAAGCCGAGACCACAACUGGAAGCAGCUCGGGACAACGGACUGCUCCACGACCUGUGGGAAAGGGUCGCAGUAUCCGAUUUUCCGCUGUGUGCACAGAAACACUCACGAAGAGGUGCCUGAGGGCUACUGUGACUCCAGCAUGAAGCCGACCCCCGAGGAGGAGCCAUGCAACAUCUUCCCUUGCCCAGCCUUCUGGGACAUCGGGGAGUGGUCAGAGUGCAGCAAAACCUGUGGCCUGGGCAUGCAGCACCGCCAGGUUCUAUGCCGCCAGGUAUACGCCAACCGCAGCCUGACUGUACAGCCCUACCGCUGCCAGCACCUGGACAAGCCCGAGACCACCAGCACCUGCCAGCUGAAGAUCUGCAGCGAGUGGCAGAUCCGGACAGACUGGACCUCGUGCUCGGUGCCCUGUGGAGUGGGACAGAGGACCCGCGACGUGAAGUGUGUGAGCAACAUCGGGGACGUAGUCGAUGACGAGGAAUGCAACAUGAAGCUCCGGCCAAGUGACAUUGAGAACUGUGACAUGGGACCCUGUGCCAAGAGCUGGUUCCUCACCGAGUGGAGUGAACGGUGCUCAGCGGAGUGCGGGGCCGGAGUGCGGACAAGGUCGGUGGUGUGCAUGACCAACCACAUCAGCAGCCUGCCCCUGGAGGGCUGUGGGAACAACCGGCCCGUGGAGGCCACCCCGUGUGACAACGGACCCUGCACGGGCAAGGUGGAGUGGUUCGCUGGGAGCUGGAGUCAGUGUUCCAUCGAGUGUGGGAGCGGAACCCAGCAGAGGGAGGUGAUCUGUGUUCGGAAGAAUGCGGACACGUUCGAAGUGCUGGACCCUUAUGAAUGUUCCUUCCUGGAGAGACCCCCCAGCCAGCAAUCCUGCCACCUGAAGCCUUGCGGGGCCAAAUGGUUUAACACAGAAUGGAGCAUGUGCUCCAAGAGCUGCCAGGGUGGCUUCCGGGUCCGGGAAGUACGCUGUCUGUCAGAUGACAUGACCCUAAGUAAUCUCUGUGACCCUCAGUUAAAACCAGAAGAAAAAGAAUCUUGUAACCCUCAGGACUGCGUCCCUGAAGUCGAUGAAAACUGCAAGGACAGGUACUACAACUGCAACGUGGUGGUUCAAGCGCGACUGUGUGUCUACAACUACUACAAGACUGCCUGCUGUGCUUCUUGCACUCGCGUGGCCAACAGGCACCCCGGCUUCCUGGGGAGCAGAUAACACUCCUGCACCACAUCCAUCAGGCAGGUCAGGGAGUCUGCGAGCAGGGUGACCGCCUGGCUGCUGCCCCACCGGGGCUCCCUGGCCCAGGGCGCGGCCGGCCAGCUUGGUCACCACCCUCGCCUUCGGGAAAGUGUACACUUGGUGCCCAGGAGCAGAGCCGCGGCUGUCCUCUGAGUGUCGCCAUGAACUGAUGAUCCCUCCUUGGGAAACCUGACACCUGUAACGGUGCCCUCUGAAAACCAAGCAGUGGGGAGUGCAGGUGGCUCUCAGCCAACUCCCCUGCUGGCACUUUCAAUGUCAGCGGUUGGGCCCUGACUGGGCGCUGCCUCAGCCCUGGUGCCAUCAGCGUCCCUGGAGAGUCAGAGGAGGCAACACCCCCACCUCAGGGCCCCACAGAGCCCUCCAAGGUGCCUGCAUCCCUCUGUUACCUCAGCCUGGUUGUGCUUAUCUUCAUUCUCAAAGACAUUAGGCUGUCUUCCUGCUUAUGCCACAAAUAUCUCCUGUCCAUAUAGUGCUUUACUGUUUCACAGGUAUAUUCGCAUAUAUUAACUCAUUAGCAGCUCACAAUGCCCCGGGAUGGGAGGCAGGGAUUGAAUCGUUGUCCCCAUUUUACUGACAAGGAAACUGAGACUCAACUUUGAUAAUUAACCUGCCAGGUAUAUUCACCUGCCCAGUGGCAGAGCACAGAACCCUCACCCCGAGGCUGGUGCACACGCUGUAGGUCUGCUGCAGUUUAUUUCCAGACCAGGAGGGUGAGAGGUUUCCCAAUUAGCGAACAAAACCCAGGUCUUUGAAUUCUCUCCUCCGGCCAAAGGUCAAGUCUUUAUCCCCUGUAUCAGUUUUGGAAGUCUGUUUCUACUUACUCCUUCCCCCACAGUCACAGAUCCUAGUCCCCGGACUCUGCAGGAUUUGUUAAACCUCAUCCUUAAAGGAAACCUCAUGUCCCAUGACACCAGGAAGCCACUGGGUAGCAAGGCGAUUGCCUGAGAUUCUGAUUCCAUCCUCCCGUGCGACAUGCUCCCCUGGAAUAGCAAGUCAGAGUCCCUUUGGCCACAGAGCCUUCGGUGUCGCAGAGGAAAGUUCUAGAGUUCUGUGUCCCUGCCCCUUCCUCAGCCAACUCCCACCCACCCCCACCCCAGGCUGUUCACCACACAUCACCCAGUGGAAAGUCUAACCAACCCACCCCAAUAAAAAAAAAACACCUUAUGUUUCUGUUAGAAAGAGUCUCCCUUUGGUCUUUCUGGUUUGAUUUAUGGAUUUCUCUCUGUGACUCGCAACCCACGGCCCCCAGAUGUGAGCACUGAGAUCCAUUAAUGCAGCCAGACCGGGAGACGGGUUGUGAUGGCAGUGACCCAUGAUGGCAGCAACAGGCUUGUUCCCUGGUUCACUUCACCUACCUCUGUAGUUCCAGAGGCUGGAAGGGGGUGCAGUGCACAGUGAGAGGUGAACUAUCUGAAAAAUCAAUUAAGGAGAAGAAGAAUAUAUAAUUUUUUUUCUUUCACUCAUUAAGAAAACUAUCAGAUAAACAAAUAGUAAGCUUAUUAUUACCAUGGUCCUGGGCCUGUUUCCCUUUUUAAAGUAAGCCUAGAUUCUUAGCAAUUGAGUUUCUCCCCUGAGCCCUUUAAACCAAAAAUCUGCUAAUUUGAUGAUCAUUUGCAGCUUUGGGAAGCAGUAUCACCUGCCUGAUCUGACACUCCAGUAGGUUCCCACUACCCUUGAACUUUCAGAAAUUCUAUUUGGCUUUUCUGUAGCCAUCCUUCUCUUCUGGAGAGCCCCCACCACCACUUCCCAGAAGCACCCCAACUUUCCUGAUUCUUAGGGAGCUCGUGCAGAGAAGCAGGUGGGAAGAGGCCCAGAUUCCCUGCCCACCAAGCAUAUCAGUGGUUUCGUCUCCAGUGCCCACCACCUUCCUUGCACUGCUUCCUUUUGCUUGUAGUCCCAAGCGGAGCUUUUCUUUUAUGCAGUUGCUCUCAGAUCUUGCUGAACAAACCAAUCAUUUGAAGGAGUCCUUGAAAGAGGCUUUCUUUACAUGCUGGAGAGCAGGGCUAGAUCAAUGGGUGGAAGAGCAGAAAGCAGAGGCCUGGCCACCAUCCAUGAGUGCAGUGCUGUCCAUCCUAAAUUGGAUUUCUCCAUCACGUGGGACGUGAGCAUCCCAACUCGGGAGUGGCCCUUCCAACGCAGGAGUCUCAUGACCAUCUAUCUGGUCGAUGAUGACUUUGUCUUUUUGACAUCUAACAGUGUUCUGUGGCUCCCAAAUGUUACCUAAUAGUUCUUUAACACGACAGUGACCCUCCCGUGAGAAUGGCCAUCCUGACACUUGUGGAAUUGAGUAAGGUGCAAGUGGGUCGAUCCUGUGACUUCAGGGGGAGGGGGGGGUAGUACGUAAACUAGGGUUUUUUUUCUCUUCCAACAAAUAGUUGAGCUAUUCUUGGAAUUUAUUCAUCUAUGGAAAGCUUAUAAAUUACUACACUGGGUUUUAUCAAGUUAUUUGUCUUAGAGACCCAAUUUUCACUAAUUUCCUAGCUUCUUUUGUCAGCAUCUAAAUAUCUUUGUCCUUAGCACAACACAUACAAUACAGUCCUUUGGUAUUUCCGGUGAUAACUUUCCUGGGGUGGGAAUCUAGGAAAGCUCACAUUUUGAUGACUCCCUCCCUCCAGAUGUGUCUCGUUCUCCCUUUCUCGCACCCCACUAUUUCACCUUCUCUUUCCCAUUACCUGCCAUCCCCCCUCAGUGUCUCUGUAACCGUCCAUAAUGCAAAAUUGAAAUUUACAUUUGAUACUGUUGUUGUUUUUCCUGCGUAGGGGAUUGCCUCAUUCCCUGUCCUGAAUUUUAACAUUAGGUGAAUGUAAGCUGUUACGUGUUUUUCUCACAAAAAUCAACAAAGCGCCAAAAGGAAACAGUUUGCUUUUUCACUUUCACUUAUUGGAAAAGGCAGUUGUGCCCCUUGCAGCUUAAGCAAAGGCCACUUAAUGUCCCCAGGUCUUCCCUUUCCCAUGCUGACUUGCGUUUCUCCUCCUAGAAAAGGAAUCGCAUGAAGAAUAUGACGCUCUGUGAGCCCUGCCACUCAGUUCAGUUCCUUAAACUCAUGUUUGAUGCCUCUGCUGGCCAGCUAGAGGGGGACCAAGAGGAGCAAGGUCUGUCUCCGCCCCCAGGGACCUGCCGUGUGACAGGAGCUCACAGAACUGUCCCCGUCUGUCCCUUUGCCUUACUUCUCUGGUCCAGGGUUGAGUUUUUCUUUUUUUAUUUCCUUGAAUAUGGAUCAUUCACUUAUCCUCUAAGUGUUUAUUUAGCAUUCAACACUCUUUUUUUUUUCCUUUAAAACAAACGGCUUUACAGAGGGAUGAAAAAUGGGAAAUAGAAACGUAAUUUAUUUUCAAGUUAUGUGGCAGAGAGAGAAAUCCAGAUAUUACUAAUAUUACUAGUACCUUUCUUUUCUUUUUAAUAUGGCCAUUUUAGAGUUUAAAUAUCAGUUUUCUCGUGUGGAAGAAGACACAAAUAGAAGUGGUAAAAAGAAACAGGACUUCCCUUAAAACAGGCUUACUAAUCAAACCCAAAGGAGCCUGGCUUGGCAGGUGAGAGCCCACUUUUGAGCCAUAUAAAACAUUUUUAAUACGUCUGAAGUGGGAAAAUAGGUGCCUUCCUGAUGAAAUUUGUAGAUGACAUGAAGUUAGAGAGCUAACAGCUAGGGUAGCAGUUUCUGUAUCCAAACAGAUCUGGGAGACUAUUCACCAACAUAAAGUCUUACCUUUGGGUUUAAAAUUAUACACUCACAUACACACACACACACACACACACACACACACAGUACAAAUUCGGUAAGAUGUAAGAGUUUGAGCUGACUAAGCUUAAUGCGAGUCAGGAAACUGGGCUGGAACCACCAAAACAAAAGGAGACGCAAAACAUUUAGGCUAUAUGAGGAGAAAACAUUGGUGACAGUCAGGCCACACUGUGCUGGCGAUUGUGGGAAACUUUAAGAAUACCGAGCGUGUGUAGCAUUCAGAUGAGGGAGCCCAGCCCUGAUGAGGGGAGCAGACUGUCGGAAACAGUGGGAAGGACUUUCUGAGAAUGUUUAGCCCAGAGAAGAAGAGACUUGGGCUAGCACCAGGACAGCCAUCCUAGGACCAGGAGCUAGAAGCUACAGGGAGACACAUUCUAACUCUUGCAGAGGAACGAACUUCCUGCAAGUUAGAGCAUUCGGAAGGUAGAGGCCUCUCUGGUCCGUAGUGACUGACCCACCACUGGAGGUCUCAGCAGAGGCUAACGGGCCAUUUGUCAGGGAUACUGCAGAGGGGAUUCAAGCACCCAGCUGUGGCAACAUCACUUUUGCGCUCCUUUGCGAGUCUGGACCUUGGUGACUGUGUAAGUAGAACAGAUUUAAGUGACUCGCCCGGCCUAGGAUGGCGAGCGUGGGCACGCAGACUUCCCAACUCUGCGUCGGCCAUCUUGAACCCAGUUUUGCCCACCUCUCCUGAACUAAAUGUGGCUGGGAGAGAACCACUAGCAAAUUGGUCGGAGCUGCCCUGUCUGGUCCUGCUUUGUAGAUGAGUAAACAGAUGCCCCAUGGCUAGUUCCCUGCCCGGGGUCACACACCUCAAUGGGGGCAGAGCCUCGACUAGACUAGGACCCCCUAAUACCAACUGUCUCUCAACGCACCUGGCUUUCCUGCACCUUUGCUGGGGCAAAGGAAUUCUCUCCACCCUGAACCAUCCCACAGUGCUGGUCCUAUUCAGUGGGUUACCGUGGGAGACUCCCAUCGUGCUGAGGAAAAGUAACCAUGACAACGUGGGAACUUCCGAUUAAAUUGCUCAGCAUCUCCCAGAGGCUGAGCCCUUUGCCACAGUGAGAGGCAAGCCAUUCUGUUAGGUAGCUAGGAUGACUUCCACCCGCCUCGACCCUCAGACCCCCAGCAUUCAGUUUGACAGAAGGAUAUACUUUGCUAUAACUUAUUAUUUGUUCUUUGUAAAUACAAGAUGUUUAUAGGAAAUGUGUAUUCUGAUCUCUAUUGGCAGAAUGAGUCACUCCACCAAAAUAGUUCUAUUAUUUAGAAUGCGUUAAUUUUAAAAGGGACCUAAUAGGUAUUUAUUUACAUACAUGAUCUACAUUUGUGUGAAAUCAUUUGAUCCUACUAACCCAGCUUCCUGAAAAGUUGCUACAUGAUGUGUUAUUCUAAGUCCAUAGUUACAGUUUAGUAUUCUGAUUAGCCAGACUCCUUGGGUUUUAAGAUUGAAUGUAAAUUACUCUGCUUUUCGACUUGUUCAGUGGCUUUUACCCCCCAGCGUUGCACCUGAAACAGGUCUGCCUGGAUUGCCACCUUUCCAUCUUAACUGUCAUAUUUGCUCGUAUAAUCUGCCUCGCUUCAUCCCCAAACAUUUGGAGAAGGAAGUAUAAGGGUCUUUUUCAUUUCUUCUCUUUGUCUUGGCUCCUUCGUCUUGGCCCCAGCAGUAAGUUCCAGCUGAGGUUUGGUUAGAGCUGUGGAUGAGACAGGGUCAACUCACAUGGGCAGAGGGGGUGUAAAGGGAUGUAAUGCAUUUACUGCUCUGACCAUGCCUCCAAGGUCCCCACUGGGGACUGCUGAAGUGGGAGCUCUGUGUCGUCCUGUCACCUAACUGCAUAGUCAGGAGCAAGGCACCCACUGAAUACCCUAUCGACUCCAUGUCACCCCUGUGGUGGUAAAUUAUUGUUUAAGGGGGUGGAGGGUAGAAGAUGAAUUAUAUGCAUAAAUACAGUCUGUUUUGUCUUCAGCAAAAAUGACAACUAUUUUUGUGUAUGACUAAUUUAUUUUUAUUAUUGUAAAAAUACAAUAAACUGA